GCAAGCACUCAACAACCCAAGUGUGUACGGCGAGUGUGGGACGACGUGAGCGUAUUAGUUGGCUGAUAGCGAUUACACAGUUAGGCGCACAUUGCAAAGGUGCUCGGGACGAACAAGCGAACGGACGCGUAAAACGGAACGGAAACGGUCGUCCAUACGGAAAAAAGGUGCUAGGCAAUCGUAGCAAGCGGACGGUCGAAAAGCCAGUGUGGGUUGGUAAUCAAUUCAGAGACACGCCGACUAGCAGGAAAAAAUCACAAAAUAAAUAGCAGAAAAUCAGAAGAGCAAAUACAAGUUGGAUUGCUGUUGAAAAGUUAGCAACAAUCGUGUAAAACCGUAACCAAACUUAAUUUACUACUGGCCGAGAAAAAAUCUAUUUACUUUGAUUUCGUUUACAGCUACGGUGAUUAAAUUAAAAAGUUCCGGUAAAAGCCGGUGGCAAAACGCAAGAAAUCUGUGAAAAAUUUGAAAACUGUAGUCAAGGGCUUUGAAUAACAUUUGAAAUAACGUCAAGUCCUUGAAAUAGCAAUUGAAAUAAAUUCCUGAGUUUCAAGUCUUUGAAAUAGCAAUUGAAAUAAAUUCCAGAUUUUCAAGUCCUUGAAAAGUGCAAUAAUUAAAGUGUAUUAGUCACAUCAAAUAACUAUGACGGCAUUUGGUUUAUUCCUCUUAUCAAUGUGGGGUUUCGGGCAGCAGAUGCCGGCGACACAAACGCAAAUAAUAUCACGCGCCAACUGGGGUGCGCGUCCGUCAACGCUCGUCGAACACUUUAACGGCCCAGCGCCAUAUGUCAUCAUCCAUCAUUCGUAUAUGCCUAGCGCCUGUUACACGCGCGCCGAUUGCAUCAAGGCGAUGCGCUCCAUGCAGGACUACCAUCAGCUGCAGCGUGGCUGGAAUGACAUUGGCUAUAGUUUUGCGAUUGGAGGCGAUGGCAUGAUUUAUGUUGGACGUGGUUUCAACGUGAUUGGCGCGCAUGCGCCCAAAUACAAUGACCGUAGUGUUGGCAUCUGCAUGAUUGGCGAUUGGCGUACUGAGCUGCCACCACCACAAAUGCUUGCAGCGGCCAAAUCACUGAUUGAAUUCGGCAUGGCCAAGGGUUAUAUCGAUGCUGAAUAUAAAUUACUCGCGCAUAGACAAGUGCGUGACACCGAAUGUCCGGGCCAGCGACUGUACGAAGAGAUUACGACGUGGCCGCAUUUUGCCCUCAAGCCGCAGGCUACGGAGAAUGACAUUGCCAAGUAAGCACCAGAAGUAGAGAGCGGGCACUCUCCACACACGCACACAAUACCAAUUAUGUCGAUCAACGCUUAGCAACCGUCGGCCGGUUGCAUCUCCCAAAGAGUUCGCUAUUAAUUAUAAAUUUUAUUUUAAGUAGACAACUGUUGUUCAAAGCAUAGCAAAUUCACCUAACGGUUUCACAAACUAUUGUAUUUAGUCUUAAAGCUAAAAUAAUAUUAGAAAAAAAUGGAAAGAAGCUCAUUCAUAAGUCUAUAAAACUUCUUUCAUGGCAUCCAUUACAAGCCAUGGAGUUCACCUCGACGGUGAUUAGACAAUUACUUUACGGAUUCUGCUGCCUUAAUACAUACAUAUGUAUCUACACACUUAUGGGUCUCUGAAGUUGGUUUGGCCAACACUCAUUUAAAAAUGUAAAUAUUUUUGGUGAGUUAUCCAUUUAUGUUUGUACAGGUAAACCUAUCAAAGUACGGCAGCCUUUAAGUGGGAAUAAUUAUGUAAAUUAAGAGCCUGCGAAAGUAUGCUAAACAAAUUUCAAAAAUACAAAUAAAACAACAUGCAAAAAAAUAAAAAAAAA